GCGAUUAAAUGGUUGCCUUGAUCAUCGUAAUCAGUCGGCGCAUCUAUGGGUCAUGAGGACGGGGUCACCGGGACGUUGUUGGCGGUGGUGACCUCGUUGUCGCUGGGCGCCUGGUUCCCCAUUGGCUACAGUCUCUGCCAGAUUAAUGCGCCGCAAGCCGUGAUUGUCGACUGGCUGCAUGAUGUGCGUUGCGCUCGAAAGGUCACCAACAACACGGAUUUUUGCAUCGCUGUGAACUCCUCACUGCAACUGCUGCAGACGGAUGCGGUUAUUAACGGGUUAUGGGCGCUGAUCGGGGCGUCCAUGUCGCUGGGCGCCUGUCUGGGUUUAUGGGGCACCGGCUGGUUGAUCAGCCGGUGCGGAUAUAAGAACGCUCUGCAUGUCACCAAUAUUCCCGCUGUCUUGGGGACUAUCCUGUCGGGAGCGUGUGUUAUGGCCGAUUCUUAUGAAAUGCUGUUUAUUGGACGGAUACUUUUAGGUGUCAACAUGGGAUUGUCCAGCUCCAUCCUUCCGCUGUACAUCGCCGAAAUCAGCCCGGUACGGCUGCGCGGCGCCAUGGGCACCAUCCCGACCUUUCUCUACGUCUUCGGGAUGUUAGUGUCGGUCGUCCUGGGCCUCCCGCAAGUGCUCGGCACCGGUGACCUUUGGACGGUCAUGUCCUGGCUGCGCUUUAUCCCCUCCCUGAUUUUAUCCUUUUCCUUGCUGUUCUGCCCGGAAAGCCCGCGCUACCUGUUGCUGACCAACGGCGAUCACCAAGCCGCAGCUAAAGCACUAACCUGGCUGCGACAGCGUAGUAACAUCACAUAUGAACUGCAACAGAUAGAACUGGAACGGAAGGCCGUGGAAGGGGAAAAGGUCAUCUCGGUGGUGGGGUUGUUCCGGGAUCCGUUUCUCCGGCAGAACAUUGUCACGUGCGGGCUGGUGAUGAUGAACCAGCGGUUUAGUGGAUACGCGGCGGUGUAUCCGUACUCCAGCGCGAUUUUCAGCAGUGUGGGGCUGCCGCCGCUGGAGUCCCUGUACGGGAGUAUCGGGGUGAUGGGACUGCAGAUGCUGGCCAUCGCGGCAGGGAUGGUGCUUAUUGAUAAAGCCGGGCGAAAGGUCUUGCUGAUUUCCGGGAAUAUCGGCUGCUGCGUGGCCUGCAUCGCAAUGGUGACCUUUUCCGGCCUGGUCCAGCAGAACUGCCGCUGGUGUCCAUACGGCGGCUUGGCAGCGCUGUUGACCUUUAUCGUAUCUUAUAACCUGGGCCCGGGCAUCGUGCCCUGGAUCCUCCCGGCGGAGAUGUUCGGCAAGGAGUCGCGGGGUGCCGCCAUGACCCUGGUGUCCUUUGCAUGCCACGCCUCAACGAUGCUGGUGACGGCGCUGUACCCGCCGAUGCAGGCCGGCAUGGGCCACUGGACUUUCCUGCCGUACGCCAUCGCUGCGGCAGCUUUUAUUGUUUACAUAUGGUACGAUGUGCUGGAGACGAAGGGCCGCUCGUUCAGCGAGAUCCAGGAGGCGUUGUGGGAGAAGAGGACGGGGCGGGGCAUGGCACGACGGACAACGGGGACCGGGCUGAGCCACGCCCAGUCCACAGUGGCCUCCACCGCCCAACUGACCGACCUUUAACGCCGUGUAUUCUACACGUCCAGUAUUACACUAUCGAAUAAUCAACCUUACGUUCAUUCAUUCAUUCAUUCAUUCAUUCAUUCAUUCAUUCAUUCAUUCAUUCAUGUAUCAGGAGCAGACAACCCGGUAAACAGGACUUCAUUGUCUAGUCGGUAUACUGUAGCACCAGCGGUUUCACUGACUGUUUUACACUUUAUUGUUGUGCAUGUCUGGUAUUAAAUGCUUGACAAGU